AUGGGCGGGCCAAUUGAGAAUCAACCACUGCCUGCCCAUCUUUUUCCCGACCGGGAAAUCCACGUUGUCAUCUCCAUCUUGUCCGGCCACCAGAAGGCUCAACACUAUUACGAUGAGACCCUCAAACCGCUCCUCGACAGCCACAAUCUCAGAUACAGCACUCACACGACAAAUUCCGAACGUACGAUCGUCAAUCUAACCCGGAGUCUAUUUGUCAUCAAUGCCACGCAAGGAGUGAAGCAAACCAUCAUUCUUCUGUCGGGCGAUGGUGGCAUCACUGACAUUGUCGACACCCUCACUAGUAUCUUGAAUCGAAGAAACGAUGACUCACGGCCGCCCUCGAUCUUUUUCAAGCCCACUGUGGUUCUUAUCCCCAUGGGAACUGGGAACGCGUUGGCCUGGAGUUCGGGGGUUGCUCGAGAUCCCCUAGAAUCUAUGAUGAAAGGAACUCCACGGUCUCUGCCAUCCUUCCAGGUCCAGUUCAGCCCUGGCGCAAGACUCGUCGUCAACGAGGGACGAAACCGCGAAGUUUUGACGGACUCGGAUGAUAAGGAAAGUACAGUGUAUGGUGCUGUAGUCUUCAGCUGGGGACUGCACGCGAGCCUGGUGGCGAUGAGUGACAAUGCCGAAUACCGCAAGCAUGGGCUGGAGAGGUUCAAAAUGGCGGCUUCGCGGCUGUUGACUGACCUUCAUUACUACAGGGGCAAAGUCCAAUGGCGGAAAGUAGGGGAGGAUUGGAAAAGCCCACCUUGGUCGGAGCAGUCCUAUGUACUGGCAACCAUGGUCUCCAACCUCGAAGAGCACUUCAAGAUUUCUCCAGCCACAAAGCCACUCGACGGAACCUUACGGCUUGUUUCCAUUGGUCCCGAACCCGCCAGCGAGAUAACACGGCUCCUGGGGCAGGUUUACCCAUCUGGUGACCAUGUGUCAGACCCUAAAGUGAUAUAUGAGGAGAUUGAUGGUCUCAAAAUCCAGUUUGAUGAAGAGGAUGAAAGAUGGCGGAUGGUUUGUAUUGAUGGCAAGAUCGUCACGAUUGCGAAAAACGGAUGGGUGGAGGUUACCCGAAUCCCAGGGACCGGCAUAGAUGCGAGAAGGGUCGUCGAGGUGGUUUGUUGA